CUCACUCUCUUUCUCUCAGGCCGGCCCUCCUCAGACUCCCUCCCCUUGGGGGCGGAGCCGCGGGUCGACGUGUCCCGGCUGGACCUUCGGGUCGGACGGAUCCUCAACGUUCGCUGCCACCCGCUGGCCGAGGGGCUGUCCAUCCAGGAGGUAGACGUGGGAGAGAGGGCCCCCCGCAGGGUCGUCAGCAAACUGGGAGGGAAAACGCAACCGGAGGAGCUCCAGGGCGGUCUAGCUGUGUUGCUGUGCAACGUCAAGGCCCGUAAAGUGAGGGGCGUGGUCUCUCAGGCCCGCCUCCUCUGUUGCUCCGCCUCUGAUGACUGCACAGAGCCGUUGGCCCCGCCCACAAGCUCCACCCCUGGAGACAGAGUCACCUUCCUCAACUACCCUGGUGAUCCGGACCGAGAGCUGCAGUCCAAGCAGAAGGUUUGGGAGCUUCUUCAGCCAGACCUGCAGGUGGACGGCAGGGGCGUGGCCAACUAUAAAGGCUGCCGGUUUGAGGUGAAGGGGAAGGGACUCUGCAGGGCCCCGUCCUUCACCAACUGCACCAUCAGAUAGACACAGCGAGGGGCCACAUCGUACAGGACAACACACACUGCCCAAAGGAUGCUUUUAUUGUGAAAACCUGCUGCUGGCGCACACUUUGAUAGUUAGUAGCUAGUGCUGUUAGAUAACAAAAGAAGAAGAAAAUAAAUAAAAUUCAUUUAAUUUCA